UCCGGGCUCCCGGAAUCCCUCCCCACAUUCUAAGGUUCCGAGGCUUGUACCACACCUGUGCUGGAGGGCCUUACCCAGCUGCAGGGCUGGGGCGGGGGAGGGAGGUCUCGAAUCUCCUGCCCCAAGUCUCAGAGCAGAGGGGCGAGAGACACAGAGCAGACAGGCUGUGGGUGCGGCAGAGGGGCCUGAGCGGAGGGGCCCGAGCGGAGGACACCUGUGGGACGAGGGCGGGUGCAGACUCAUGGUCAUCACACCUCUUCGGGACGGAGCCACAGGGCAGAGGAAGCUCCCCCACACCACCGUGCAGAGGCUCCUGAACUGGGGGCUGCCGGCCCCCUGUGGCCGAUUCCUGCGGCGGCAGCCCGGAGAGUUUCCGGUCACUGCUUUCCUGCUGGGGGCAGGCACUGGAGGGCUCCUGGCCAUGGGUGAGUGUGGGGCCCCCCGGGGCAGGGGUGGGACCCAUCCUCUGACCUUCGACUUGACCCGUGCACUCGUAGGUCUCUUUCAGCUCCUGGUGAACCCCAUGAACAUCUAUGAGGAUCAGAAGGUGGUGACAUUGUACAGCCUGGUGGGCUUGGGGGCCGUGGGCUGGGGGACCUCCCCUCACAUCCGCUGUGCCAGCCUCCUGCUGGUACCCAAGAUGCUGGGCAAAGAGGGCAGGCUCUUUGUGCUGGGGUACGCCUUGGCUGCCAUCUAUGAGGGACCCGCGGCCAAUCUGCGGCACAACCUCAACGAGGUGGUGGCCUCGCUGGGCUGCACGGUGGAGCUGCAGAUCAACAACACGAGAGCGGCCUGGCGCGUCUCCACCGCCCCACUGCGAGCGGUGUUCAAGGGCCUGCUGGGCAGCAAAGUUUCACUGAAAGCCGAGACGCAGAACCUCUCCAAGGCCUUCGAGGACCUGGAUGCCCAGGUGAACAGCGAGAUGGGCUACAGCCCCGAGGACGCCGAGAGCCCGGAGGGGACGGCCCGAGGCGUGGGGACCCACCGAGCCCCACCUUCCGGGCGCCGUCUCUCCACACAGAAGAUGUACGAGCUGAAAACCAGGCUGCGCUGUUCCUACGUGGUGGACCAGGCCAUGCUCAGCUGCCGCCGCUGGUUCGACCGAAAGCACGAGCGGUGCAUGGAGCGCGUCUGGGUCCCGCUGCUCAGCCACCUGCUCUGCCUGCCCAUGAAGUUCAAGUUCUUCUGCAGUAUCGCCAGGGCGAUGGAAGUUUGGUGCCGCAGUCGCAUCCCAGUGGAGGGCAACUUCGGGCAGACCUAUGAUUCCCUCAACCAGUCUGUCCGCGACCUGGACGGGGAAUUUUCAGCCACUAUUGACCUCAAGGAAGAGAAGCAGGUGGCGGUGCUGGGCCUCAACACGAGCUGGGAGCACGUGAGCGCCGAGCUGCGGGACCUCGUCCGCCGCCAGGAGGCCCAGCUGGGGUGGACCCUGGGGCUGCUGCGUGUGCUGCUGUCCUGCACCUUCCUGCUCGUCCUGCACGCGUCCUUCUCCUACGUGGACAGCUAUAACGGGGACAUCCGCUUUGACAACAUCUACAUCAGCACCUACUUUUGCCAGAUCGACGAACGCAGGAAGAAGUUGGGCAAGCGGACUUUGCUGCCGCUCCGCAGAGCCGAGGAGAAAACCGUCAUCUUCCCCUGCAGUCCCUUCAUGCAGGCCUCGGAGAUGAGAAACGUGAGGGAGCUCGCAGAGACCCUGCCCGUCCUGCUGCUGCUGCUGGUGCUGUGCGGCCUGGACUGGGCUCUCUACUCCGUCUUCAACACCAUCCGCCAUCACUCCUUCCUGCAGUACACUUUCCGCAGCAGCCAUAAAUUGGAGGUGAAAGUCGGGGGGGACUCCAUGCUGGCCCGGCUUCUUCGGAAAACCAUUGGAGCCCUGAACACGUCCUCAGAGACCACGGUGGACUCCAGCAACAUGCGCUGCCUGCCGCAGCCCGUGAGCCUGAACCCCAGGGCCUACGUGAGGGCCGCGCUCCCCGUGGGCCUGCUGCUGUGUCUGUGCCUCCUGCAAGCCUUCGGCUACCGGCUCCGGAGAGUCAUCGCGGCCUUCUACUUCCCCAAGCGAGAGAAGAAGCGGGUCCUGUUCCUCUACAAUGACCUGCUGAGGAAGAGGGCGGCCUUUACGAAGCUGAGGAGGGCUGCCAUCGUGAGCCGGGCGCAGCGGCAGGGGGCCCCCGUAAGUCCAGGCUGCCCACCCCCCCACACCGCCGCCCCCUGUGGUUCUGAGGACCCCGGGAGGGGCUUCUCCCGCCGCUCCGUCCAGCCCCGGGGGGCCGGCCUGCGGAGCUCAGCAAGUUCCCACGAGAUGCACGCCAGGGGCCCUGGACGUCCAGCUCCCCGGGGGUCAGGGCCGAGCCUGCCUCUGUCCCCCCGCGUUCAGGCCAGCCUGAGACACUCAGUGGGCCAUCAGGAAGCAGGCAGAACAGAGAAUCAGAUUUGAUACAGCCUGACUAGAAGAAAGCAAGGGGGCUUCCCCGGGAUCAGGGGACCUGAGGCAAGCCACAGAUGCUACUGCGAGGUCACAGACCAGAAGCUCGGGGCCUCUGCCGGAGGUGGGGAGGCAGGUGGGCGGGGGGUCAGGGAGGCAUCACGAAGGGGCACGUGGUGGAAGGACAGAGCACACGGCCAGAAGCAGCAGGUUCCAGCCCACGCUUCCUCAUCAAGCUGUGUGACCUUGGCCAUGGUCCUCAAGGGACCUCAGAGGGUGGACAGAUCUGCAAGGCCUGUGCAGAGAUCAGUGGCAGUGAGGUGUGGGGUGCUGGUGCCAGAGGGCCUGGGUUUGAAUCCUGGCUCCUUCAUCACCAUGGCAACGGGAUCUGCGGCGUUUACUUAAAAGCUGUGCCUUGGUGUUUCCCUUCUGCAAGACGCAGUGAACCACUUCUCCAUCUGGUUGUUGAAAGGGUUAGAGGAGCCUCGCUGUCACGGAGCAGGCGCCUAGCAACUCCCACGCACAUGUUGUCGUCAUGUGACCCUUCUUGGUACAGGACCCGUGUUGUU